AUGGCGAAAGACGAAGAGAGCGAAAGAGAGACCUCAGUAAAAGGAGACAACAAAGAAGCGAUAAAAAAAGAUCACAAGGAGAGGAAGAUAAAGAGAUGUGAUGGAAAAAAUAUUGUUGAGGAGAAUGAAACAAGAGAGAAAAUCAGACAAGAUAAGGGAGAACGAAGUUUGAAACGGAAUGAAAAUGAUGGAAAAUUAAAGAAAGAGGAGAAAAGUGGAAGAAUGAAGAAGGAUUACGAAAGUAGAGUAGGAAUAAAAGAUAGAAAGAAUAAUAAAACAAGAAAAGAUGAAGAAAAUGAACAAGAGGAAAAGAAUAAAGGAAAUGAUGGAAUACAUGGUGUUGAUGGCAAAGAAAAGAAAAAUGAUAUAACUGAAAGAAUAAAAAAGGAUGAGAAAGCUGAGAAAGUGAAAAUGAAUGAAAAGGAUAAAUUAUUGGAGCGAAACAAACAUACAAAAGAUAUAGAUUAUAAUAAAAGUAGAGGUAAUAUAGACGAUAAGAUUGUUGAAAGUUUAACGCCCGAAAUGUUGAACGAAAUGAAAAUACGUGGAGUUAUUUUUUAUGAAAAUCUUGGCAAAGGAACAUUUUCAAUUGUAAAGAAAGGUUGGUGCAAUAUGCUAGCCAAAAUGGUUGCUAUAAAAAUAAUUGAUACAAGGAAAGAUUUAAAAUACACGAAGAAAUGCUUACCACGUGAGAUUGAACUUGUUCGAAAGUUAAAACAUGACAAUAUUAUUAGUGUUUAUGAAGUAAUUGAGAAAAAUCCAUUUAUUUGUAUUAUACAAGAUUUUACAAGUAGAGGUGAUUUAUUGCAAAAAAUAAGACGUGAAAGUAAAGUUGAUGAGAAGGAAGGAAAAAUACAUUUUCGGCAACUCAUUGAAGCCAUGAAGUAUUUAAAAUCAAUGGAAGUUGUACAUCGUGAUAUUAAAUGUGAAAAUAUAUUGCUCGAUUCAUGCGAAAAUGUUAAAAUUACCGAUUUUGGCUUUGCAAGAUUAUUGAAAAUUGGAGAAAAAUCCAAAACAUUUUGUGGUUCUCGUGCAUAUUUAGCACCAGAAAUUAUUAGAGCACAACCAUAUGACGGGUAUCUCUCGGAUAUGUGGAGUGCAGGAAUUGUCCUGUAUGUGAUGACAACGGGAAUGAUGCCAUAUGAUGACAAGAAUGUGCAAAAAAUGUUAGAAAGACAAUUGCAGCACAGAAUAGCAUAUCGACGUACAACAGAAAUAAGCAUUGAUGCAAAACGAUUAAUAUUUGAUAUUCUUCAUCCGAUACCACAAAAAAGGCUAACAAUUGAGGAAGUAAUACGUUCAAAAUGGCUAGCUGGCGUAGAGUAUCGUAUUUUAGCUCAAACUAUUAACGAUUCUGCAACAACCGAUUCUGAGAAUAUUAUUUAA